AUGCUGCUUGCCCAAAAGGGUGGGAAUCUUGUCGUGGCCCAUGGGAAUUUAGCGCCCAUGACUGGGGUCGCACGCGAUGAAAAGGAGGUCCCUGUGCUGUUAUGCCGCCUUGCGUACGCCUACCAUGGCCCCACCAAAGCUCUAGAUACAGCUAAGGGGAUAUCUCAACGAUUCCCCGAAGGCCAGAGGGCCCUCAUAGUGAAGAAGACAUUGGCUAAGGCGGGCAUGUGUCGAGUCAGAGGGGAAUCCUGGGAUACCAACAGGACAGAGAGUUACCCCUUUUUUGGACGCGAGUAUCGAACAAAAAGCAAGCCCACCGACAUCACUGAGCAGUCUCCAACGAGCUUCCAAGAGGGCCUUGAGCAGAGACACGCCGAGUUUGUCAACAAGGACAAAAGCGACUGUAUAAUUCGAUGGCGGGAAAAAGUCAAACAGCAGUGCGGGUCGGAAGCUGCUUUCCAUCACACGGAUGUCGCGAGCAUGGGAGAUCCAGAGUUGAUUGGCCCUAAUGGGACGCACCCGCAAACCAGCAAAGUGGACGUCAAAGGGGAUUCGACUUAG